AUGCUUGGAAUUGCAUCGAGCGCCAAAUCCGUUACCAGGAUGAUAACAAGCAUUUACACCGCCGUCACUGGCCUUGGUGAGGCACUCGGCCGAAUAAUACGUCCUCAAUCCUACCAAGUCGCCGAGGUCCGUUCAUAUUUGAGCGGAAUUCAAGUUAGCAACAAGCGCAUCAAGACCAGACCCAACCACGAUGACACCGUAUCGAGGAAUGCCGACGCCGCGGAUAAUAAUGGAUUGUGCUGGAUUGACCGAGAUGGCCUCAUGGCGUUAAUCGAAAGCUACAAUAGCUUCUCAAAGUCCUUGGCAAAAGUUUGGGACUGCCUUGAGCGGGAGACUCGAGAAGAGGCGAACAAGGACCUGGCCCCCCUGAUCAGCGAAUUAAUCGACAGUGAUGACCGCAGCACAUUGCACGAUGGUCAGGCUCGCGACUUUACGGAAGUUUUCGGGUUGCGACUCAGGCGGAUGUUCCAAUUCCUGGACAGAAUAUAUCAGAUUCGCACAAUUGUCAGAAUUCGUGAUAGCAAUGAAUUUGUCCCUCCAGUUCUCGAAUAUGGACUCUCUCACGACUUUGCUGGGAACUUGGAGUCAAUUCAACGUUUUAUAUCGGAUCCAACACUACCCACGGUUUGUAAGAGCAUCUUGCAAAAGCAUGGAGAGCACGACUGCGAGGUUCCGUGGGCGUUUCUGGACCGGAUUGCGCUCGACAUUACGGCCAUCCUGCGCAGCCUGCCAGCACCAAGCUAUGUUGACUCGCAAGAGUAUCGCGACAGACUACAGAAUAUGUUCUCCUCGGUACGGCCCACCAGCCUAAACACAAAACUUUCACUCCCGGGAUCAUUCCCCGAGUUCGACGAGCCCAAGGAACUCAUCGAACAACAGCCUGCUCAAAAUAAAGCCACCCCACCUCUCAUAAAUGGGGCAUCGAGAGACCUGGAUCUAUCAUCAUCAUCAUCAUGGGUGGCCUCCUACCAGUCAGGCUGUUUCAAAACAAAUCUUCCUGGUGCUGAUCUAGCUCAGACGAGUACCAAUCUGUCGACAUUUGCAGAUUACCGCCGAACAUAUGAAAAAGGCGAUGCGCAUCACGGCGUCAGAAACAAGUAUAUCACGGAUUUCGAAGCUAAGGUUCCUCUUGACACAGAUCAAGUAGGAUCUGUCAGGUCUAUUCUCAGGAGUCGCCGCAAGCAUCUCUCCAGGGCUACCCCUAAGCGCCUAGGCACAACACGCCGACCUAAAGCUGUGCGCUUUACCGAAGAUACCGUAAGCCCGAGGCCGCGAACCCAUACGGGUCUUGAUCUACCCAGAAGUAUCAACUACAACAGACCCAAACAACAUUCAGCCUCUACUACCCAGGACCAGCAGCCUCGCUGGACCCGCCAACUAUUCAACAUCCCAAUAGUCCCAGUUCAAGAGCCACCCAGAGACAGCAUAUUCGCUUCGUCCAAUCGAAAAAGCAGUUCUCAUCGUCGGGAUGAAGCAGGGGAUGGAUAUGACCCCAGUAUUCGCAUCAAGGAACUGUUGGCUCUCCCUUCAUUACAGCUUCCAUUAAGCGACGAUUCAAGAGUGGGAAUAGAACUGCAAAUCGAACAGGCUGCUCGGAAAGCUGCCGAAGAGGCUCGCCUGAUUGCCGAGGCUGCAAAACGCGAGGCCGAUGAGAAGGCCCGGCGAGAGCUCGAGGCGCGUCUCGCUCGGUCUGGUGGGCUGCGUAUGCCCAACCAGGAUUUUGUCACGCCUGUCUCGUCAGAAUGGCACCAAAAGGCUAUGUCCACACUCCGCGCAACCCCUGCAACCCCUCUUGCAAAGUCUGCUGAAGGUGUUGAUUUGCGGCGGCACGACUUUGCCAAGGUAGUUUCGGCGAGUGAGUGGCUCAACGAUGAGAUCGUCAAUGCAUCCCUUUUGUGGCUUGAUCGAGCCAUCAACUCAGCUGCCGGCAUUAAGGAUGUCAAGCGGAACACGCGCAAAUGCUUUACCCUGGGCUCCUUCUUUUUCAAGCGACUUCAAGAUCAAGGGGUCCAGUCCACCCAACGAACCCUCCGACGUUAUGGUGUCGAGAAGAGGAACUUCCUUGACAUCGAUACCAUUCUGUUGCCAAUCUGCGAGCACUCUCAUUGGACUCUGCUCGUUAUUCGCCCGUCAAAACGAACGAUUGCACAUAUGGAUUCGAUCAAUGCGGGUGGCAACUCGGCCUACACCAACCGCGCUAUGGCGUGGAUCAAAGAUGUUCUGGAGGACAAGUUUGUCCAGGAUGAAUGGAAAGUUAUACUCCACGAUGCCCCUUUGCAAAACAACGGACACGAUUGUGGUGUGCAUACCAUCACCAAUGCAAUGUGCAUCUCUCUGGGCCUCAGUCCUAUUGACUCGUACACCGCAAGCGAUAUGCCGACACAGCGAAUUCGCAUCGCCUGCAUACUCCUUAAUGGCGGCUUUACCGGAGAUUUCGAUCUACGGGUAUAUUAA